ACUUAUUUCAGCUAAACAUCUUCCCAGGGAAAUGACCUCCCUCAUACCAAACGCAAGUAGUUUAUGCUGAAACUCGGCUAUUUUAUGAGAGAUCAGGGAGUUGACUUUAAAGAUAGGCUUUUCCUUUUCUGAUGCAUAUGAUGCACUUGACCCCAACGGGAACAUCACAAUAAAAUGGGAUGUCAUCAGCUGGACACCAGAUGGAUAUGUUGCCGUGGUGACUAUGUACAACUUUCAGCAAUAUAGGCAUAUUCAACCACCAGACUGGACUUUAAAAUGGACAUGGGCAAAGGACGAGGUGAUAUGGAACAUGACGGGAAGUCAGGCAAUAGAGCGAGGUAAUUGCUCAAAAUUCAAAGGAGAUAUUCCCCAUUGUUGUAAGAAGGACCCAACAAUUAUCGACUUGUUGCCCAACACUCCUCAAAACCAGCAGAUUGCAAAUUGCUGCAAGGGCGGAUUUGUCAGCUCGUGGGGCCAGGAUCCUGCAAGCGCUGUUAGUUCGUUCCAACUCAGUGUUGGUUCUGCUGGAACAUCAAACGAAACAGUUAGAGUACCUAAAAACUUCACCUUAAAGGCACCAGGACCUGGAUAUACUUGUGGACCUGCUAAAGUUGUUAAACAGACUAGAUUUGUUACUCCAGAUGGGAGAAGAGUUACACAGGCUAUGAUAACUUGGAAUGUCACAUGCACAUACUCACAGUUCCUGGCUCAAAAAAAUCCUACAUGUUGCGUCUCCCUAUCAUCGUUCAACAAUGACACGAUUGUACCUUGUCCAACAUGUUCUUGUGGCUACCAGAAGAAUGGCACUAAGCCAGGAAGCUGUGUGAAUCCAGAAAUGCCACGUCUAGCUUCAAUUGUUUCGGACCAUGGGAAGAACAACUUUACUCCUCUGGUCCAGUGCACAGAUCACAUGUGCCCAGUUGGAAUUCAUUGGCAUGUGAAACUCAACUACAAGGAUUAUUGGAGGGUUAAGAUCACUAUAACAAACUUCAAUUACCAUAUGAAUUACACACAAUGGAACUUAGUUGUCCAACAUCCGAACCUUGAUAACAUCACUCAGCUUUUCAGCAUCAAUUACAAGUCAUUAACUCCUUAUGGAGCGACAAAUGAUACUGCAAUGUUCUGGGGUGUUAAAUUCUCCAAUGAUCUGCUCGAGCAACCUGGUCCUUCAGGAAAUGUCCAGUUCGAACUUCUACUCCAAAAAGAUACAUCAAAUUUCACUUUUGAUAAGGGAUGGGCUUUUCCUCUCCGAGUUUAUUUCAAUGGUGAUAACUGUAUCAUGCCAUCUCCCAAGGCUUAUCCACAUUUGUCAAAUAACAUUUCCGCCAUGCCACCUCCUGAUGCAGAUCCACAGUUGCCAAAUGCCGUUUCCCAAUGGAAGGUUUCUAUGCUUAAAUUAGUAGUGACACUUUUGUCCUCUAUGGCAUUCUUCUUUGCAUAUCCAUAGAAGUCUAUCACUUGGAAAUGAUCAGUGCCUAUCAGUAGAUUUCCCCUAGCUGUUGUAUCACAUGUUCUUUUUUACAUGCUAAAGCAUAUAUUUCUCAAAUCUGUUUGAAAACAAAAGGCCAUUUAAGAAUAGAUAGAGCUUCAAAUUCUUAUUUGUUAAAUACUCCUGUUUUCUUCAUUAUCAUUAUAAAGAGAUUCUUUGCAAAUGAAUGCUACUUGAGCCAGUUUCUUC